AUGCCGGAGGCCGCGCCCCUGGGCCGGGACGCAGCCUCCGCGCUACGCGCCCUCGCGGUGGAGGACGGCCUGGAGACCUGCAACGGGCAGUACAGCCUCACGCCCACCGUCCACCACGGCCGCCCCGUCUGGAAGAAGGCGUCGGAUCCCUUGCGGUACCUCUUCUUCUCCGAGCCCCAGAAGACCUGGUUCAUCUCCGACGAGCUCGAGGACCUUGGCUUCGAGAAGGCGGUCACGGAUGUGGACCUACCGCUGGGCCUGCGCUGGUCCAAGGGCACCGUCCUCACGGCGGAGGCCAACGGGGACCUCGCCGGCACGCCAAAGGUUCUCAGACUGGCGGGCGGGCUGGAGGCGUGUGACGGGGAGUACGCGCUGACGCCUCAGAAACACAACGGCCGCCCCGUCUGGAAGAAGGCGGCCGACCCAGAACGGCUGCUCUUCUUCUCUGAGGUGGACAAAACGUGGUACAUCAGCGACGAGAUCGAGGACCAGGGCUUCGACAAGGCCACCACGGACGUGCCGGAGCCGCUCGGGCUCCGGUGGCUGAAGGGCAGCGCUGUGCGGGCCGAGGAGCGGGCCCGCGGCGGCGGGGCGGAGGCGGGCGAGGAGGUCGGCGACGGCAAAGGCGGGGGCCUGCCAGCGGCGGGUGCCCCCAACCGGGGUUCGCGGCUUAUCGCCGAAGGGGGCCUCGAGUCUUGCCAGGGCGAGUACGCCCUCACGCCUACCGUCCACAACGGGCGCUCGGUCUGGAAGAAGGCGGAGGAGCCCAAGAGGCUCCUGUUCUAUUCGGCGCUGAACAACUUCUGGUACAUAAGCGACGAGUUCGAGGAUCGGGGCUUCGACUCGGCGCCGGUGGAGGAUGCGGACGAGCUGCUGCCCUUCGGCCUCGAGUGGGAGAAGGGCGCCUCCCUGACCACGCCGGGCAUGAAAGAGGAGAAGAAGGUUGCCGACGCCUUGGCCGCUCUGCGCGUGGUGGUGGAUGAUAUCCGCGUCCUGAGGGGCCAGGAGGGCAAAGAGGCGGAGAUCAAAGAAGCCACCGGCCGCCUCGCGGGCAUGCUGAAGGACGCCCGUGCGGCGGGCGUGCCCGACGAGAAGCUCCUGGAGGCCAGCAGCCCGCCGAAGGCGGACGGGGGCGCCGCCUCCUGGAAGCCCGGCGACGAGGCCCAGAUCUGCGGACUGGCCUCCGAGCAGGGCCGGCCCCUCAACGGCAAGGUCGGAGUGAUCAAAGCCUACUCCGAGGAGAAGGGCCGUUUCGAGGUAAAGCUGACAGACGGCAAGGUCGUGUUCGCGAAGGGCGCCAACCUCCAGCCGCCCGCGGAUGCCGCGGAGGCGCCCCUGAAGGUCGGCGAUCGCGUGGAGAUCUUCGGCCUCACCUCUGAGAGCGGCUCAAAGCUGAACGGCCGGGAGGGCGCGAUCUCGGAGUUUGUCGCCGACAAGGAGCGUUUCAUGGUGGAGCUGUCCCCCAGCGAGGUCGUCAGCGUGAAGCCAGCCAACCUCCGGGCGGUGGCGCCGCCGCCGUCGCCAGAGAAGCGGUCCGCAUCCCGCUCCAGCAGCUCGUCGUCCUCCAGCCGCCGCAAGCGGAAGAAGGCUAGGAAGGAC